GAAGUCUCUCGCAUACUUCACAUAUUGGACCUCUAAUGGCGAGUCUUGACUACUGGAGCACGGUUCUGGUGGUGGUUCCGAUCGUGGGGAUUUUGGCAGCAAACCUGUUUUUCAUCCUCCGGCUCAUCAGUCGGCACCUUUCGCAGCAAAAGCUAGACAUUGGUGACCUGUUCAUGGGCCUUGGGCUGUUGUUCUGCUACGCCGUGAGCUUAUGUACUAUCGUCGCUGCAUUCAGUGGUAAAGGACAAGAUGUAUGGAGCUUGGAUGUGAGGUCCAGUACGAGCACUCGGAGGACUCUGCUAUUCUGGCUGACGCAGACCUUCUGGCCGGUCUCGCAGACGUUUGUCAAAUUAUCCAUCAUCAUGCUCCUGCGGCAGCUCGUAGGUCGAGUGCCCCGGUGGCCGGCCUUGCUCGCCCUGCUCAUUGUGUUCUCCAUCAGCUGGGGUAUCACCGCAUUCUUCGGCAACAUAUUUCAAUGCUCUCCGCCACGGUACUUCUGGCUUGAGCCUUACAUCAGAGGGUCGUGUAUGCGCGGACAGAUGACCUUCUAUAUGGUCAUUGGCUCAUUGUCGCUCCUCGAAGAUGUCAUACUCCUGGCUUUGCCGAUUUCCAUUGUAUGGAGGCUGAGGAUGGGCAUCCAGCAAAAGGUGCAGGUCACAGGUCUGUUUUGCCUUGGGGGUUUAGUCUGCAUAUUCAGUCUCCUCCGCGUGAUUGCCUUUCAUAACUAUUUGACAAAAACCGCCGCUUCUAGCGGUUCUAAAGAAGCCCUAUGGACGGUACUGGAGCUUGACCUUGCUAUAAUAUGCUCCUCUAUGGUGCUGAUGCGACCAUUGCUGGCUCGCCCAUGCUUCGGCUGGAUACACUGGAGGAGGAAUUCGUCCAGCGGAGAGAUUAAAUAAUGAUAUCCGUUUCUGGGGGUUUCACAAUAUCCACAAUGGUGAUUCUUGAAUUUAUCUUAUGAUCCACUGCGAGAAUGUCUAUAUUGAGGCUUGAGCCGGGGAUACCUCUAUGAGCAACAUUUAUAUUCCUGACGUUAACGAUAAUAAAUGUCUCAUACUGUGCCGCGAUAAUUCAGGAUCGCCUUCUGCAGUAAAGCCAACUGAUGAUCAACGCAUAGCUGACCCAGACCAAACCAGCAACAACCGAGUACGCAAUAACUGCACCAACAGGUGCAAUGGACAGUCCAAUGCCAGCCAAGCGGAAUCCGAGACCAGCAUUGAUCAUGCCAAGAGUAAUCAGAGUCCGCCCAAACCACCUAUGGAUAUAACUCGCG